CGCCGCGGGUGCCCACGGCUUCCGGUCGGCCGCGGGUGUGCGGAGAGGCCAUGGGGAAAGUGAGGGGGCUACGGGCCCGUGUGCACCAGGCGGCCGUGAGGCCCGUGGGGGAGGCCGCGCGCCGCCCCGCGUCCCCGUCCCGGGAGGCGACCUCUCCGCAGGCCUCUGCCGGCGCAGCCGGGGGAAAGGAGUGGGCCUUCGUGAGCACUGACGUCUUUGCCAGGACCAAGAUAGACCCCAGUGCCUUGGUGCAGAAGCUGGACCUGGACACAAGGAGUGUCACCUCCAUCAGGAGAGGCACCGAGGCGAAGACCAUUUUGCCCAAGAAGGAGAAGCUGAAGCUGAGGCGUGAGAGGUGGCUGCAGAAAAUUGAAGCCAUAAAACUGGCCGAGCAGAAGCGCAAGGCAGAACGGAGGCGGAGGGCCACGGUGGUGGUGGGGGACCUGCAGCCCCUGAGGGAUGCCCUCCCUGAGCUGCCAGAGCCCCAGGCUGGCGGCCAGCAGCCGCACACCCGAGGGGCAAGCAGCAGGCCCCGGCCAGCCGAGUGGAGCCGCAUGAGCGCAGCCCAGAGGCUCCAGCUUCUCGAGGAAGAAAGGACCCGCUUUCAGGAGUUGCUGGCCAGCCCGGCCUACAGAGCCAGCCCCCUGCUGGCCAUCGGGCAGCAGCUGGCCCAGCAGAUGCGGCAGGACUGCCAGCUCUGACCAGCCCGGGUGUGCUGGGCUCGGCGGGCGUGUGCACGGAGGUGCCCAGAGAGUCCUGCUUUUCGCCAUGUCACCUUGAGCCUGGCGGACUGCCCCCCCAUGGUGCUCCUCCCCCCAUUGGGAGGUGGGUGGGGACAAUAAAUCUGCAUGAGCUCAGGCGUGGGUCAUAGCCGCUUCCUUCUGUGUCUCGGCCGUCCCGUGGACUCCCAACCUGCCACUGCCCUUCCCAAGGCUGGCCAGCAUGGGACACUGGCCCUGCUCCCCACAGCAGGAUGGUGGCUAAGCGGGCUGUGAGGGCCCGGGACACCCUGCUACCAGGGGAUGCCGCUCUGUUGGGUUCUGUGGCUGCUUGCUGCCUCGCCUGCUCCAAAGGGCCGGUGGAGGCCCGAGGCCUGCCUGCCUUCUCACCUGGGCCCCCUGCCCUGGCUCCCUGUGGCUUCCAGCCAGGUCCUCUCCCGCUGUCACCGUGUGGUGAGCAGGGCAGGACCCUGGGAGCAGCCGUGUUGUUAGAAGCCCUGGGGUCUCGUGAUUGGAUUGCAGAACUGACUUCAACCCUUGAUCUGAGGAUGUGGAACGUGGAGGGUACUUUCCCAGCCCCCGAGGCCUGGCCUGGGCUCUUCCCAGGAGAGGGAAUCGGGGUUUGUGCCUGGCAGGGACUCAAAGCCUGCGUCCUACAGGGGAGAGGUGGGCAUGUGCCUCCAAAGCCAAGGGCCCCCACAGCAGCUCUGGGCCCAGAAACAGGCUAUGUGACAGGAGCAGUUUGAAGAGCAGUAUUUGUGACACACCCACUUGUGCAAUAAAGUAAGUGCUGGGAGAGAAGGCAGGGUGUGUGGGAGCGCUGCUGGCUGCCUGGGAGGUGGUGCGGGCCGCUCGGUCUUUGUCACACUUUUCUGUAUUGUUUUGCCUAAUAAAUGUGACUGUGCCUUUAUCACG